AUGGCGCCUCAGCCCUCGGGUGCGCCGGCUGUCCAAGUGACCCCCGACGCGGAGCCGCCCUUCCCGGUCGCCUCGAGCGCGCAAGAGCCCUGCAUCGUGUCCGCUCCGCCCAGCCCCACUCGCGUGUCAGGGGACCCCGUCGAGGCCGAAGGGAGCGGCUGCCGAGGGGCCGCCAGGAAGCUCCGGGCGCGGCGUGGGGGACGCAGCCGGCCCAAGAGCGAGCUGGCGCUGAGCAAGCAGCGGCGGAGCCGACGCAAGAAGGCCAACGACCGCGAGCGCAAUCGGAUGCACAACCUCAAUUCGGCCCUGGACGCGCUGCGCGGGGUCCUGCCCACCUUUCCCGACGACGCGAAGCUCACCAAGAUCGAGACGCUGCGCUUCGCGCACAACUACAUCUGGGCGCUGACGCAGACGCUGCGCCUAGCGGACCACAGCCUGUACGGUCUGGAGCCUCCCUGCGAGGAGCUGGGCAGCCCGGACGGCGGCUCCCGGGGAGACUGGGGCUCCCUCUACUCCCCGGUCUCCCAGGCGGGCAGCCUGAGCCCCGCCGCCUCGCUGGAGGAGCGCCCCGGGUUGCAGGCGGCCUCCCCUGCCUGCCUGCCGGGCGCCCUGGCCUUUGCAGACUUUCUCUGA